AUGAUAACCCCCGUGCCCAUCCCACACCUACCCGGAUUCAGCUCCAUCAUCGUUGAAGGCCACCAGUUGCGCGGCCACCCAUGCCUUGAACAGCUCCAGAUCACGGUGAACAAUGCCUUCCGCGAAGGCGAGCACGACCGGUUCCCGAGCAUAGAGCACGUAAUCACGACUCCCGGCGUACACGGCCGAUGCUGUGUUGUGUUCCGAGACGGCGACGUCGACAUGACCAGUCCCGUAGCCACGGCCAUGAUCAAAUAUUACAAUCCCGAUGUGGGCGUAGAUCCAAUUCGAAUCAUUGACCGCAACGGGAACGUGGUGAACACCUCGGAAUUCACCAAAUCAGAACCCGGCUAUGAUUCAGAGCCCGCAGAUUUUCUGUCCAUCACACACUGGGAGCCAGCAGCGGUGGCCAUCCUCUCUGAGGAUCCUUCGCUCAAAAAACUGGGCCUAGCGGUCUACUGCGUCAAUCAGCUCGAAAUCGACCUCUUACGGCGCCUAAGCGAGGCACGCAGAAAGCGGCCCGCAGUUCCCGAUAUACAAAACGGAAAUCAUGGGCUGCAGACCACAACCGGGAUCCGGAAUUUGACAUUCUGGAUUCGAUGCAAAGAACAUGCCGUGCCGUACUGGGAGCGACGGGGCUAUGGCCUCGUUCAGAAGAAAGUGUACCCCAAGGGAGUCUGGGGUUCAAGAACGGAACUGAAUAUCGUUACGUUAAAGAGGGAUGUAUCAUAUAGCUGA